ACUGCCCAGUACAUGGAACUCAGCAUUGCCCUGCAUUCUAUACCUUUGUGAUAAUGCUGUAGCCUUUGAAUGCUGCCUUCGGUUCUGCCAAGGAGGGAAAGAUAUAUCAAGCUGGACUUGGCUUUGUAGGCCAGAUGGGAUUUUUGAUCAUGUUACUCCUGAUGCAGAAAUUACUGCCUGUGCCAGGUCUUCAAAGAUUCAGAAGCUCUGUUCCAGAAGACUUCAUCGCGCCCUUGGAGCUCCAGCAGAAACAGUUUGGCUUAGUGGAUGAUUAUGGCCUUAAACCACGCCAUCCCAAGUUCCAGAUACGGAAACAACGUAAGGAGUCAGAAACACUGCACAGAACACAUAAAAGCAAAAGGGAUGAACCCAAUUUUGAAGAGUAUUAUUACGAUGACCUCCUUUGAAAGCGACAAGAGAAGAUGCUGUUUUGCAUAGCCUUGCCUGAUAAAAUAGCCAAAUGCAUAUAGCAAUAAUCCCCAUCCUGUUACUUAACACUAUCUAGAAACUCUCCAUGCAGCUCUGUAUUUUCUUUUGGUUAUUGGCUGGAGAGAAGAUUUCAAUGCCAGCGUUGUGGCUGUGUAGUGAAAAAUAAAUGUCUAAUACAGUU